AUGGAAUGGUUGAUCGUGUAUGGCACAACGUGGGGUCUUCUAAUCGCUGUCUUCUGCGAAGUGAUGGUCGUUUCGUACAUAUAUGGUAUGAGCAUACCAAAUGAAUACAUACAGAACAGAGCGUCAUCUCUGUCUAACCCAGGAAUUCGUCAGUUUGUAUGCGAUCUAGACGAAAUGCUGAGAUUCAAGCCUGGCAUAUAUUGGAGAAUUUGUUGGAUGAUUCUGGCGCCGGCGUUCCUAUUGAUGAUGAUUUUGUCAUCAUUCAUUCACUAUCAACCGCUAACCUAUCAAGACUAUGAGUUCUCACCAGUCGCCAAUCUUUUUGGCAUCUUUUUCGCUCUAUCAGCCGUAUCGGCAAUACCACUUGUUGGUCUCUACAUGCUGUUCAACGCUAAGGGAAAUACACUAAAAGAGAAGUUCAAACAGACACUCAUGCCAUAUCGCUGCAGACCGUCACAGAAUGAGUAUGCCCCUAUUGGCGGAGCCCACGAAUCGGAUAUCCUUCUGUGA